GAACUUAGCAAAAGCACGAUUUGAAUUAAUCAAAACUCAUAUGCAAAUAUUAGAUACUUAACAAGAAAACAAAAGAAAAUCCAACCCCUAGUGGGUAGUGGGUGGUAGAUUGGUGGAGUAGGUGUAGGAGUAGCUAAUGCACAUCCUUUUGUGCACGUUAGCAUCAUCAAGACGCGCACUCUCUCUCUCCCUUCAUAUUUUGGUGUGUCAUCACUCAACAUAAUCCCACCCACCUAUUGCCAAAAUUCUAUGUUUACCUCCCAUCACCCCUCACUCAAUACACACCUCUUACCUCUCAACAUCAUCAUUCAACAACCUCAACCUCCACCACUUACCACCUCAUCACAUUUGCUAAUUUGCACCUCUACCCCAUCCCCCCUAACCCCACCAUCCCACCACCCUCAUCAUGUUUCAACAUCAUCAUCAUACAAGUACAACAACCUCAACCACCCCACCACCUUUGCUAUCUUGUUCCUCUCUAACACUAGUCAUUCCCCCUCACUCACCAUCACUCCCAUCUCAUUGUUUGUCUCAACAUCAAUCAUGCAACAACCUCAACCACCCCAUCACCUUUGUUAUUGUGUCAUCUAAUUUUAGGAGAUUCAUUCAAUCAUCAAGUUGCUUGCUUGGCACCUAGCCAUGUCAAGAACCAUCACCACCCUAGUUCUUUUUUUAUCUCACUCAUCCAUCAAUCAUACCACCCAUACCCACAAUCACCACCCCCUAUUUUCCUAUUCCUUUUAUACUCUCAUCCAUCAUCAUCAUCAUACAACCACCCUACCAUCUUUGCUAUCUUGCACCACUAUAGCACUACCCCACACCCACUAUCACCACCCCUACUUUCCUAUUCCUUUUAUAUCUCUCAUCCAUCAUCAUCAUACAACCCACACCCACCACCCACCACCCACCACCCACCACCCACCACCCACCACCCUACCACCUUUGCUAUCUUGCACCACUAUAGCACUACCCCACACCCACGAUCCCCACCCUACCACCUACCACUAACCCACGCACCAUCACCACCUUAUUUUCCUAUUGACACCUUUUAUCUCACUCAUCCAUCAUCAUACACCCACCCCAACCACCUCCCACCACCCCACCACCUUUGCUAUCUUACACCACUCUACCACUCCCCACAUUUCCUCUUCCUCCUUUUAUAUCUAAUCCUCCCAAACCAAAACUCCACAAACUUUUUCUAAAACACAAAUCCCUCCCAUUAAACGAUGUCGUCUAACGUCGAAUCCAGCAUCGCCGUAACCGAAAAUCCCUCACCGGAAGAAAAAUCACCACCACCACCACCACCGUCAGCAGCGGCGGCGCCGCCACCAGUCCGGCGAUUUCCACCACCGUGUUGGACACAAGAAGAAACACUAGCUCUUAUCGACGCUUACCGUGAUCGGUGGUACGCUCUCCGCCGUGGCUACCUCCGUACCGCCGAUUGGGACGCGGUGGCAGCCACCGUAACCAGCCGUUGCCCUGACGCAUCUCCGGCGAAAACCUCAGCUCAGUGCCGCCACAAAAUGGAGAAACUUCGUCAACGUUACCGUGCCGAAAAGCAACGAUCCCUCUCCUGCCCUACUGGUAGGUAUUUCUCCUCGUGGUUCUUCUUCGAUAACAUGGAUGCAAUGGAGAAUGGUACAACUGUUGCAGCAAUUAGAUCAAAUAUUCAGCAACAACAACAACAGAAUUCAGAGAAAAAAGAAUUUAUGUCUAUAAUUGAUCAUAAUUUACUGAAACUGAAGAUCAAUACGAAGAAUGCUACGGAGGAUUUGCCUCCGAAUUUCAUGUUUAAUCAUGCUUUAGCUGGAAGAAACUCAGAAACAAUUGAUUUCCCCACCACCAGGGUUCCACUGAAUGGUUAUUGUGGAUAUAAAGGUGAGGAAAAUAUGCAUAAUGUUGAGUAUGCAAGUGGUUUUAGGAUGAAAAAUGGGAUUUCAAUGAAAUCGAAGCGAAAUGGAUAUGAGCAAGGGGGAAUUAAAGGUGGGAAUUUUGCGAUGAAUAAUAAUACUUCGAGUUUUUGUGAUGAAGGAAGUGAAUAUAAUGGAAGUAAUAAUAAUAAUGGUAGUGAUGGUUACCAUAUUAGGAAUAUGGCAGGUGUUUCGAGUUCAAGGAGGAGUUAUAAUAGUGGGAAUGUUGAACAACAACAACAACAUAAUGUUGAUUCGAGGUUUGGUUCUGGUGUGUCGAAGUUCGGGAAGAAGGGGGGAGGUAGUAGUGUAGGGGUGAAGAGGGGGAGGGAUCCGGUGGAAGAAAUGGUUUUAUCGAUUAAGAUGUUAGGCGAAGGGUUUAUUAAAAUGGAGAAAAUGAAGAUGGAAAUGGCGAAGGAAGUGGAGAAGAUGAGAAUGGAGAUGGAGAUGAAACGUAAUGAGAUGAUACUCGAAUCACAGAAGCAGAUUGUGGAAGCGUUCGUGAAGGUCUUGAGUGAGGUUCACAAGAACAACAAGAAUGUGAAGACUGUUUCACCUGAAUCAUAGCUCUUAAGGGCAUUGAAAUGAUGACAAUAACGCCCCAAUCUCAAACAAGUUGGAGUACGCUCGUUCUGUGCUUGAAAAUUUGCUGUCUAUUUCUGACUUCGUGUGAUCAUCAUAGUUGAUCAAAGUUGUAGCCUUUUAGGUCUGUUUUCAUUUUCCUUGCAAUCUGUAACAUAUAGUAUUGUGUACAGCUACUAGUUUUAGUAAGUAGUAGUUGUUAUUUAUAUAGUAAUGUGUUGUACGACUAUAAGAAGUGAGGGAUUUAUCUUGAGCUGAUUCAUAAAGAAAUGUUGCAACUCUUUUGCCUUCAUCAA